CUAAGAAACAGCAGAGAGCAAGGGAGGGAGGGAAUUGAAAGUGGGCCGUGCGGUAGAAAUCGGCACUGCUGUAGUUGGGAGAGCGAGGCCGACAGCGGUAGAAAGCUGCCGCGCCAACGACGAGACGAAAGGCAGAGAGGGGGAGAGAGAGAUAGAGAGCAGAGCGGGUCGGUCGGGGCCGAAAGAAGCGGUCGCGGGAGCCAGCCAGUAAGAGGACCAGGGGAGCUCCUUGACAGCCUGAUCGAUUUUACGUACAACAACAGCGGGGGAGGGAGGGGGCUGGUGGUGGUCUUGGUGCUGGGUUGACGAAAAGGGACCGGAGGUGUGAAUAAGGAAAGAAGGAAGGAAGGCGAGGCGAGGGGAAGGGAGGGGAGGGGAGGGAAGAAGGAAGGAAGACAGGCCCGGAGAGGGACGGGAGGUAUCGAAUUGUUGAAUCUGAUACGGAGGCACGAAUGUCUUUUUAAACAUGGGAGGGCCGGUUUGUCCGUCGGCGUCUUUUGUUGGCAAGUUGGCAGAUUGAGAAAGUCGACAUCCAUUGGACAAGCGCUGCUCUUUCCCGAUUGAAAUUUAGGGCUUAGUGAAGAGUUGUGGAGGAGCAGGUUUUGAAGUUCGAUGACCAUGAGUAACGAGCGGAAGGUCAUAGAGCUUGAGCAAGGAUGGACUUUUAUGCAGAAAGGCAUUACGAAGCUAAAGAACCUUCUCGAAGGAGUUCCAGAGCAGCAGUUCAACUCCGAAGAAUACAUCAUGUUGUACACUACAAUCUACAAUAUGUGUACGCAGAAACCUCCACAAGACUACUCGCAACAGCUGUACGAUAGGUACAAGGAGUCUUUUGAAGAGUACAUCAACACUAUGGUAUUACCCGCGCUUCGAGAGAAACACGAUGAAUUCAUGCUAAGGGAGCUUGUGAAACGAUGGGAUAACCACAAAAUUAUGGUUAGGUGGCUUUCUCGUUUCUUCAACUACUUAGACCGCUACUUUAUUGCAAGAAGGUCGCUCCCGGCGCUCAAUGAAGUGGGCCUCAUGUGCUUCCGUGAUCAGGUCUAUGCCGAAAUGAAGAACAAUGUCAAGGACGCAGUGAUAACUCUGAUCGAUCGAGAGCGAGAAGGUGAACAAAUUGAUCGAGCACUGCUGAAGAACGUUCUCGGUAUAUUUGUGGAAAUUGGCAUGGGAAACAUGGAUGCUUACGAGAGUGACUUUGAGAUGGCGAUGCUUACUGAUACUGCUGCUUACUAUUCAAGGAAGGCAGCGUCUUGGAUUGAGGAGGAUUCUUGUCCUGAUUACAUGCUCAAGGCUGAAGAAUGCCUGAAAAGGGAAAAGGAAAGAGUCGGUCAUUAUCUACACGCUAGCAGUGAACUGAAGUUGCUAGAGAAAGUGCAACACGAACUGCUUUCUCAGUAUGAAAAUCAGCUAUUGGAGAAAGAGCAUUCCGGAUGCCAUGCUCUGUUAAGAGAUGACAAGGUGGACGACCUUUCUAGGAUGUACCGACUGUUUUGUAGAAUUCCAAAAGGUUUGGAACCGGUGGCGGCAAUUUUCAGACAGCAUGUUACAGACGAGGGAACUGCCUUGGUCAAGCAAGCAGAGGAUGCUGCAAGCAAUAAAAAGGCUGAGAAAAAGGACACUCAUGGAGGCCAAGAGCAGGCAUUUGUACGUAAAGUGAUUGAACUCCAUGACAAGUACUUGCAGUAUGUGAACGAUUGUUUCAUCAACCAUUCUCUUUUCCACAAGGCUCUCAAGGAGGCGUUUGAAGUCUUCUGCAACAAAGGUGUAGCAGGAAGUACGAGUGCCGAGUUGCUUGCCACUUUCUGUGACAAUUUGUUGAAGAAAGGUGGAAGUGAGAAGUUGAGUGAUGAAGCUAUCGAAGAUACUCUUGAAAAGGUCGUCAAGCUCCUUGCUUACAUCAGCGACAAGGAUCUAUUCGCGGAAUUUUACAGGAAAAAACUGGCGCGUAGACUUCUGUUUGAUAAGAGUGCGAACGAUGACCACGAGCGUAGUAUUUUGACUAAGCUCAAGCAACAAUGCGGUGGACAGUUCACUUCCAAGAUGGAGGGCAUGGUUACCGACCUGACCCUUGCAAGGGAAAAUCAAACGUCUUUCGAAGACUACUUGAGUGAGAACUCAACGUCGAAUCCGGGGAUUGACCUGACUGUAACUGUCCUUACCACUGGCUUCUGGCCGAGUUACAAGUCUUCAGACCUCGCCUUACCGGCUGAAAUGGUUAAGUGUGUUGAAGUUUUCAAGGAAUUUUAUCAAACGAAAACAAAGCAUCGAAAGCUUACUUGGAUCUACUCGUUGGGUACAUGUAACAUCAACGGAAAGUUUGAACCUAAGCCAAUCGAGCUCAUAGUUACAACCUAUCAGGCUGCAGUGCUGCUACUAUUUAAUGCAGCAGAGAGACUAAGCUAUGUCGAUAUCAAGGGUCAGUUGAAUCUCACGGAUGAGGAUAUUGUUAGAUUGCUACAUUCUUUAUCAUGUGCCAAACACAAGAUUUUGAACAAAGAUCCAAACACGAAGUCUGUGGGUUCAACUGACUAUUUUGAGUUCAACACCAAAUUUACAGACAAAAUGAGACGCAUCAAGAUCCCACUCCCUCCUAUGGAUGAGAAGAAGAAAGUGAUUGAGGAUGUGGACAAGGAUAGACGAUAUGCUAUUGAUGCAUCAAUUGUUCGGAUAAUGAAGAGUCGCAAGGUGUUGCCACAUCAACAGCUAGUUCUUGAAUGUGUUGAGCAGCUUGGCAGGAUGUUCAAGCCUGAUUUUAAGGUUAUCAAAAAACGUAUUGAAGACCUUAUUGCUCGAGAGUACUUGGAACGUGACAAGGACAAUCCCAACAUGUUCAGAUACCUGGCUUGAAGAUUUUGGUUGUCAUGCUUGGUGCAAUGGAUGCACAUCUGUGAACAAGCCGCCUAUUGAUUUUGUGUCCACGUAAUAGUUGGCAGGGGUAAGUAACCGCCUAUUGUUUGCUCUAGUAAUGGGCCAUGAGAGAAAUGAUGAUAGAGAAGGGAGCAUAUGUGGUAGGCCUGGCUCUUUUACAGAGGUGAACAUGUACAUUGUCCCAGGCGGUUAUGGAGAGCAUUGUACAUUGUCCCCAAUGGUUACGGAGAGCAUUAUUGGCAUAUGUGGGCCUCGUAAAGCUGGCCCUGUCGAGGAAUAGUUUCCUUACAUAUCCAAUGUCACAAUCACCGAAACCGUGUAUUUCCAGUAGCUGCAAGGUCUUUAGAAUCAAUUGGCCGAUCACUUUGUCAAAUCAUGGAGGAUUUCGAAAAGUUUAUUUUGGGUUUUUCUGAUGGGAACUUUCAAACGCCCAGCCUACCUAGAAGUUCUCAUCUGUAAUUGGGAAGUGCCUACAGAAAGUGUAUUCAGGAUGAAAUCAUAAGUGGCUCUUAGGAUCUUAGGCCAGACGGUCUCCAGAAUCACGCUAGUAUUCCGGACAGGACUAACAGCUGGCUCUAAUAUAUUUAUUCUUCCUCGAUCAAGACUCAAGCAUUUUGAGUUC